AGGCUGCACAAUUGCGGGGCUCCCUAUCGAUUGUGGUGAAUAAUGGGCAGUAUUAAAAGUGUCAGUACUCAGCCAAGAUGUUGGGAGUAGACAAUUUACUACAACGAGGAGGUUACACUAUGGUACCCAAAGACGACACCCACGUUGACGCAACCUCUGCCAUCGCUGGUGAUACAUGCGGCGAUGAUCAAGACAGCGGACAGGUACAUGAUGGCUCUCUCGAACAGAGUCUUUGGCGCCGCGACAGGUACUUUGGGGCGCUCGUAUUCAACCUCGCCGCAUUCAUCUUGCCCGCGCUCUACUCUACUUUGUCGAAACUAUGGGUAGCUAAUAUCGAUUCUUCGCUAGUAGUAUUGACCGAUGCAAACACAUACAUGGGCGUAGUGGUUGAAGUCAUCAACGAAGGCCUUCCCCGCGCUGCAUGGGUUAUCAUCGGUGAUAAGGCUGCACGUUCAACUUCGUCACGCAUUGGGCUUACCUACACGCUCAUCGCGUUCCAAACCUUGCUUGGUACAAUCCUCAGCGUCAUCUUCCUCGCAGCGGCUGAGCGAUUCGCUGGUAGCUUUGUCCCAGCCGAAGUUCGCGCGGUAUCCAUCAGCUAUGUCCGCAUCAGUGCAUUCACGUCCUUGGCUUCGUCUCUCGAGACUGCGAUCGCGUACUGUACAAGAGCAUUGGAUAAGCCAGAUGUGCCUCUGGUCAUCAGCUCGGUCAAAUUUCUCGUCAAUAUCAUCUUGGACUUCUUGAUCAUCUCCAAAUUUCACGUCGGAUCUCACAUUCCUACAGUCAAUGACCAGGCCCGGAUUCAGCUUGCAGUUAGUUUGACCGCCGCUUUCACGGGACUGUGUUACUUCCUGUGGCUGUCAAGGGGAAUCUUGCGGCGCGCUGAUUAUCACGGCUCAGUACGACCAAGCCUCAAUGCGCUGAUGGUGCUUAUAAGGCCCGGUCUCAUGACAUUUGCCGAAUCUGCUGUACGCAAUGCUCUCUACCUCUGGCUCAUCACCACUAUCGUAGCGAUGGGGAACGACUAUGCGACUGCUUGGGGAGUCUUUAGUACGAUCCGCUGGGGUCUAAUCAUGGUUCCCGUGCAAGCUCUUGAGCAGACAUCCCUAGCUUUCGUCGGGCAUGAAUGGGGCAAAUGGAGGAAGCGUAUCGGUGUUGAUGAGCGAAAUCCUAGAGCAGCCAAGAAUCAUCUUCUCUGUAUUGCACGUCCUGCGUUCAUCUCUUGUGCGAUUGCAUUGGCUAUCGAAGUACCAAUGUGUAUCAUACUUUCGACGGUAGGGGCAAAGCCAUAUGCGCAUUGGCUGAGCAACUCUGACAGAGUCGCUGCAAUCACUGCCCAUAUGUGGAAGACUAUCGAUUGGUGCUACAUCUUCUACGCUCUUAGCACACAGCUCGCCACCAUCUUACUGGCAACGCGCCCAAAGUGGUAUCUGUACCAAUCACUGGCAUCGAACCUGCUCUACGUGCUUCCGUGGGCAAUCGUCUGUCAAGUUGCGAAUCUCAACGCUGACGACGCAUGGACAUAUCACAGUCUAGUAUUUGGUGGUAGUCUGGUCUUCAGCUUCGCAGAUAUCCUCGUUGUUGAUGGCUUGUGGGCGUGGACGCUCAUGAGUGGGAGGGCGAACUUGGAGAAAUGGAUUGACGUUGCAGCAUAAGAGUCGGGUCAUCGUCAUGGAUCCUGUUUCGGAGUUAAAUUGCAGCAACGGUGGAAACUCGUAUUCGUAUGGUCAUAAGAGAAGACACGAAAAGAGGCAGGGGCUAUCAACAAAUCCAACAUCAUUUUAGAUAGCAUUAAUUGACCAACAAGUUCAUGCGGUAGACGGAUUCACUUUCGUUUGCGUUUGCAUUGCAACAAGCCAUGCAUUGACAGGCAAGUAACAGGC